AUGGCCAUAUCCAUGCUGCAGGACGCCCAAACACGAAGCCUUGCUGCUGCGUUGGCUGGCAUAAAGCGUGAAGAAAUUGUGGUGGAUCGCUCGAUGUCGCUGUCACCGCCAAUGUCGGCAAACACCUCCGCCAGUAGUCCGGUGGCAGCUACAAAUAGUCUCUACCCGGCGAUGGGGCUGCAACAGGCAGCUGCCGCAUCUGCAUUCGGCAUGUUGUCGCCAACACAACUCAUGGCUGCCAAUCGUCAGGCGGCUGCUUUUAUGGCACAGCUGCCAAUGAGCACAUUGGCAAACACGCUCUUUCCACAUAAUCCAGCGGCACUUUUUGGUGCCUGGGCGGCACAGCAGCAACAACAUCAACAGCAGCAGCAGCAACAGUUGCAACAGCAGCAGUUGCAGCAGCAACACUUGCCACUUGGCGGCACGCAUUUGCACUCGCCGCCAGCGAGUCCCCACUCGCCGUUAGCCAGCACUGGCAAACACAGCUUGAGCUCACCAAACAGCACUCCACAACACCAACAACAACAGCAAAAUAUGGUUUUGGGUGAGCCUCUGAAGAAAUCGCGAAAGCUCUCCGUCAAGAAGGAGUUCCAAACGGAGAUUAGCAUGAGUGUCAGCGAUCUCUAUAAUCAUCAUCAUAAUUCGCAUCAUCAUCACCAUCAUCAUCAUACGCCCAGUGGACCCAUUUCACCGCCCUCCAGCGGCAGCUCACCAAACUCCUCCGCACACGAGGCAAGCUCAGCAGGAACAACAACAACAACAGUUGCAACAACAACAGCAACAGUAGCAACAGCUGCUGCUCCCUCCUCAAAGGAUCCGUCGCGUGACAAGAGUUUCACUUGCAAGAUUUGCUCGCGCAGCUUUGGUUACAAGCAUGUCCUGCAGAACCACGAACGCACCCACACCGGUGAGAAACCCUUCGAGUGCCCCGAGUGCCACAAGCGCUUCACUCGCGAUCAUCAUCUGAAGACCCAUAUGCGUCUCCAUACCGGGGAGAAACCGUAUCAUUGCUCCCACUGCGACAGGCAGUUUGUCCAAGUGGCCAAUCUCAGGCGUCAUCUGCGGGUUCAUACGGGGGAACGUCCUUACACCUGCGAGAUUUGUGAUGGCAAAUUUAGUGAUUCGAAUCAAUUGAAGUCGCACAUGUUGGUGCACAAUGGCGAGAAGCCAUUUGAAUGCGAUCGUUGCCACAUGAAAUUCCGUCGGCGACAUCAUCUGAUGAAUCACAAGUGUGGCAUUCAAUCCCCGCCACCCACACCCGCCCUCUCACCGGCCAUGAGUGGUGAUUUUCCGCUUGCGGCAGUCGCAGCUGCAGCUGCUGCAGCUUCCGCGCUGGAGAGUUCAACGCAUAAGUUUGCUCAGAUGUGCGCCAGUUAUGGCGGCUCUGAGGAGUCCAUGGAAAUGAGCAAGGAUGCCGAAGAUGCACCACUCGAUCUCUCCGAGGAUGGUGGCAGCUCUGUCGAUGGCCAGUGUAUUGGCAGCGGCAGUGGUGGCAGCAAUGCACGCCGCAAGGCUCAAGAUAUACGUCGUGUGUUUCGGCUACCACCGCCACAGAUUGCGCAUGUGACAAGUGCGAUGCCGGAGCAAACGGAGCCGGAGGAUUUGAGCAUGCACUCGCCACGUUCGGUGGAAUCGCAUGAGCCAAACGAGGACAUCGACCUCGAUGACCUCGACGAUGCAGCGGCGCUUUAUCUACGCCAGCAACAGCAGCAGCUCCACUAGAGCACUCGCUCCUAAUCCUCUUCC